ACUAUAAAGCUCUCUCCACAGACUACAAUCUCAGUCUAACAGAGCUCUCUAAUUAAAACUGUAAGUAGUAGAGUUCACAAAUUAAGAUGUGGAUGAAUUCAGUUGGAUUUGGGCUAGUGGGGUUGCUGGUGAUAUGGCUUGGCCAUUGGAUUAGGAAGUGGAGGAAUCCUAAGUGCAAUGGGAUUCUGCCUCCAGGCUCAAUGGGAUUCCCUCUCAUUGGAGAAACACUCCCUCUCAUUAUUCCCAGUUACUCUCUUGAUCUUCAUCCCUUCAUCAAAACAAGAAUUCAAAGAUAUGGGACUAUUUUCCGAACAAGUAUAGCAGCUCGCCCAGUUAUAAUAUCAGCUGAUCCUAAAUUCAACAAUUUCCUUUUCCAGCAAGAAGGGAGGCUAGUUGAGCUUUGGUAUUUGGACACCUUUUCAAAGAUCUUUGCUCAAGAAGGCGAAUCUCGAACCAGCGCAGUUGGUGCUGUACACAAGUACGUGAGGAACAUAUUUCUCAAUCACUUUGGUGUUGGUAGCCUUAAGGAAAAGCUGAUACCUCAGCUUGAACAAGUGGUCAACAAGGCUCUCAGUUCAUGGUCAACUCAAGAUUCUGUUGAUAUCAAACGAGUUGCUUCAGCUAUGUUUUUAGAAUUUAGCGCCAAGAAAAUUAUAAGUUACGAUGCUGAAACUUCACCAGUGAGAUUGAGCGAGGCAUACGGUAGAAUCUUAAAUGGUUUCAUGUCUUUUCCCUUGAACGUUCCCGGCACAACAUACCAUCAAUGUCUAAAGGACCAAAACAAAGUAGUAUCCAUGUUGAGGGACAUGUUAAUAGAGAGACAGAACUCGGUCGAGUUGAAUCACGGAGAUUUCCUAGAUCAGAUUUGUAAGGACAUGGAAAAAGAGAAGUUCUUAUCUGAAGAAUUCAUUGUUCAGCUGAUUUUUGGGGGUCUGUUUGCUGCAUUUGAGUCAGUUACCGCUGUGAUGGCAUUAGCUUUCUCCUUGCUUCCAGAGCAUCCUUCAGUAUUGGAGGAGAUGACAGCAGAGCAGGAAGCAAUUCUCAAAAGCAGACAAAAUCCAAACUCUUCACUCACAUGGGACGAAUACAAAUCGAUGCCUUUUACUCUUCAUGUUAUCAAUGAAACUCUUAGGCUGGGAAAUGUUGCACCAGGAUUAUUACGUAGAGCAAUCAAAGAUAUCCCAGUAAAAGGAUUUACUGUCCCGGCUGGUUGGACCAUCAUGUUGGUCACCUCUGCUCAGCAGUUAAGUCCUAACACAUUCCACAACCCGCUUGAGUUCAAUCCAUGGCGUUGGAAGGAACUCGAUUCCGAAGUUAUAUCUAAGAAUUUCAUGCCUUUUGGGGGAGGAAUGAGACAAUGUGCAGGAGCAGAGUAUAGUAGGGUGUUCAUGGCAACCUUUUUCCAUGUCUUGCUCACCAAAUUUAGGUGGACAAAAAUCAAAGGAGGAACUAUUUCUCGAAAUCCUAUUUUAGGAUUUGGAAAAGGCGUUCACAUUAAAUUCUCUAAGAAGUAAAAUGAAGAGACAACAAUUUUAGACUUGUUAACAUUUAGCUUUCUUGAGUAUGAGCAUAUAUUAUUUGUUUACAUGUCAUUAAUUCAAAUUUCUAUCAAUAAAAUAGUAUAAUCUAUGGCUUUUUCUUCUAUUUGUCAUGAGGAAUAGUGAGAGAGAGAGAAGGGAAAGUGUUCUUCGGUAUAAGCCUAUUACCAAGUUGUUGUAGAGAUUGCAAUAUUUCUCCAAAAACAAUGCAAUGUUUCAUGAAGCAUUGUAAUGAUUCAUGAAUAGGUGCCAAAAUGGU